AGGGGGGAGUGGGGAUUUGCAGGCCGGUCCGGGCCAUGUGGAGCGCCUCUUCUUCUCGCUGGCAGAGGGAGGGAGGAGAAGGUGGCCCGGUGGUUUGAAAGUCUCGGACCUCGCUGUCUGCCGUUGUUGCGGAUUGUCGAUCGUGUAGUAUAGAUUCAAUUCAUGCUUCGCUCGAAGGCCAUUCUGGUGUAUGGAGGACGACGCUGCUGUUGUUUCUCUCGUGCGGCCAAUUGCUUGAUCAGGACUUCGGCGGUGAUCAGCAGAUUUGGCCCGCAGGAUCGGGGUGGUUCUAAGCUGUCCACAUCCAGCUUUCAGCGGAGUCUCCAGAAUCACCCGUUUUCUACGGGUACACUGCAGAUACCUACAAGCAGGUACUUCUGUUCUUGGGAGAUCGAAGCUAAGAUGCGUACAGUCACUGAUGUGAAGAAGGAACCACUUUCACAUACAACAGUUGAAGAACUCACAAAUGGUCUGAACGAAGGUGCAUAUGAUUACCGUCUGAGUACCUCCUUUGGGGCAUCAGCAGUUUCUGAACAUGCAGUCAAACUCACACCGUCAAAGUCAGAAGGUGAAACUUCAUCGCGAUCUGGAUUGGCUAUUCCUGAAGUUGAUGGUCGUGAUACCAAGGUGGAUAUCAGGAAGCUCAAGGAUGAGGUGGCUUCGUUAACAGCUGCAACACCAGUGCUGAGAGUUAAAAGUGGGAAUCAUCUCUCUCGUCACGCUUCUGAAGUUGUCUAUGACCAACAACCUCUUUUACGAGGACAACAACGAAGACGAAGAUGUUUCUCCGAAGACGAUGUGGGGUUUGUUCCUCUCGCGCGUCAGCAUUCUUCAUUCAGGGAUGAUGUGGAACAUGCUGCCCACGAGACUUGGCUGAUAACCCGCUUGAGCUUUCGUCUCCUUCGUUAUCUCGGAGUUGGACGAGCUCUUUUUGAAGAAGGUCGUUGUGGAAGAGGCAAUCUUCAAUGCUCUGAAGUUCUGAGGAUUAUAUCUGAAGUAGCCCUUUGCUCUCUCUCGAAAAAUGCGGGAGCCGGUAUCAAUUCUGCAACAGCCAAAUGUGUAUAUUAGUGGGCUAUCGAUGGAUCACCAAGAUGUUGGCUCUUGGCGUAUACGCUAUUCUUCUGAUGCCCGGGUUCUUGCAAGUCGGAUACCAAUAUUUCUUUUCAAAGCAUGUACAUCGCAGCAUUGUAUAUGGUGAUCAACCCAGAAACAGGUUGGACUUGUACCUUCCAGAUAAUACAGAUCGACCAAAACCAGUCGUAAUAUUUGUGACUGGUGGUGCUUGGAUCAUCGGAUACAAAGCUUGGGGUUCACUUCUCGGUUUACAGCUUGUUGAGAGGGAUGUUAUUGUCUGUUGUAUCGAUUAUAGGAAUUUCCCACAGGGUUGUGUAAGUGAGAUGGUAGAGGAUGUCUGUAAUGGUAUCGGUUUCAUCGUGAACAACAUAGCACAAUACGGAGGCGAUCCAAACAGGUUAUUUCUGGCUGGUCAAUCUGCUGGAAGUCAUCUGGCCGCCUGUGCUUUGGUAGGCCAAGCUAAGAAAGAAAUAGGCCAAGGUGAAGGAGACAUUUCUUGGAAAUGCAGCCAGAUCAAAGGUUUUCUGGGGAUAUCUGGCGGGUAUAAUCUUCUCAAGUUGGUGGAUCAUUUCCACAAUAGAGGUCUUUAUCGAAGUAUUUUUCUAAGUGUCAUGGGAGGAGAAAUAUCCCUGCCAAUGUAUUCUCCGGAGCUGACAGUUUUGAGCGAAUCGUUUGCGGAGGCUAUUCCUCUCCUUCCUCCAAUCUACCUCUUCCACGGUACCGGAGACUACUCCAUACCAUCUGACGCUAGUGCAACAUUUGCAGAUGCACUCCGAUCGAAGGGCGCAACUGUGAAGACAAGAUUUUACCCCGACAAAACACAUACAGAUGUGUUUCUUCAGGACCCUAUGCGAGGAGGUCAUGAUGUGCUGUUUGAGGAUUUGCUGGCUAUUGUACACGCAGACGACGAAGAAGCAAGAACUAAGGAUGCCCAGGCUCCUCUAAGGCCUAGGUUAGUGCCAGAGUUUUUGUUGCAAUUAGCACGAAAAGUUAGUCCAUUUUAAAUACAUAGGAGCCAAGUAGGAAAGUAUCUGAUAACGAAGUGAAUCCACACCCAUUUACAUGAAGUUUCCAGUUCAAUCAAAGCGGGUGAUGUACAUCUAGCAAUUUUUUGAGCUGACAUUUCAGCGAGCUUGUAUUGCGACGUCUUGUAAUAUAUUCUGGUCUGCAUGUUUACG